CCACUGCUGUCCAUUAGUGGAGUCAACUGCUGUGCUGAAACACUGGAGGGACUUUUCCUUUUUCAAACACAAGGAUCUUUUUUUUAAAAAAAAAGAAAAAAUCUCCCCAAACAAUUUCCACCAACAUGAGCUCUAAUUCCAAUUUAUCCAACAUGCGACGGCUGGUGGAACAACUGAAGCUCGAGGCCAGCGUGGAAAGAAUCAAGGUGUCGCAGGCGGCUGCAGAGCUCCAGCAGUACUGUCUGCAGAACGCAGGCAAAGACGCCCUGCUGGUGGGAGUCCCGACAGGCAGCAACCCCUUCAGAGAGCCGCGCUCCUGUGCUGUAGUGUGAAGAGGAAGAAGAUGUGGAGACAGCUGUGGCAUCUCGCGCACAGAAGAAAAGAAUUUGCAUUUUAUUUUUUAAACUAUUUUCAAGAUGUAAUUUCAUGUUUUUGAAGAUUAAUGUUCUGUUUUGCCAUUUAAAAAAAUGUUGUUUUUUUUUAAAUAAAAACACACACAUUAAAGGGCUUCACAUAAAUCUA